CCCAACUUUCCUUACCCAAAAUAAAUCCACAAAUUUUAAAACACAUAAAUAAAAUAUAAAUAUAUACCAUUUUAUUUAUUUACACAUAUAUAUAUAUAUUUUUAAUUGAAAAAUUUUUUCUACAGAAAAGAAGAAAUGGAGAAAGAUGAAUUUGGUUCAGAGAAAAAAGAAGAACCAAAUUACAGAGGGAUCAAAGCCAUGCCUUAUAUCAUAGGUAACGAGACGUUCGAAAAGCUCGGCACGAUCGGCACGGCGUCAAACCUCCUCGUGUACUUGACGACGGUGUUCAAUAUGAACUCGAUCACGGCGACCAACGUGCUUAACAUAUUUAAUGGGACGUGUAAUAUCGGGGCUAUGAUUGGGGCUUUUCUUUGCGACACUUAUCUCGGUCGCUAUACAACAAUCGGCAUCGCCUCCGUCUCGUCGUUUCUAGGAAUGCUGGCGAUCACAUUAACGGCCGCUAUUCCGACUCUACACCCGCCGUCAUGUACGUCCGAACCUAACGCCACUUGCUCUGGGCCUUCACCAGGGCAAUUAACGGUACUAUUCACUGGGUUCGUAUUACUCGUAAUCGGUGCGAGCGGGAUCCGACCGUGCAAUUUACCGUUCGGGGUCGACCAAUUCAACCCAAACACAGAAUCGGGAAAGAAGGGCGCAACGAGCUUCUUCAAUUGGUAUUAUUUCACGUACACAUUUGCGAUGAUGGCGUCGUUGACUGUAAUCGUUUACGUGCAAUCGAAUCUCAAUUGGGCCAUCGGGUUAGGAAUCCCGGCGUUCCUUAUGUUCUUGUCGUGCACUUUUUUCUUCGUCGGGACUCGAAUUUAUGUGAAGGUUCGGCCGGAGGGUAGCCCAAUUACAAGUUUGGUACAAACUCUAGUUGUAGCUUUUAAGAAGAGGAAGCUAAGGUUGUCCCAACACCCAACAAAGUCUUUGUUUAAUCACAUUCCCAUUGGAACCAUUAACGCAAAGCUUGGUUACACUGAACAACUAAGGUUUCUCGACAAGGCCGCCGUCCAGACGGAGGAGGAUCUAACAAAUUCCGACGGCUCCGCCGCCGAUCCAUGGCGGCUGCGCACGAUGCAGCAAGUCGAAGAGCUAAAAUGCAUUCUCCGAUUGGUUCCCAUAUGGAUCGCCGCCAUCAUUUACUACAUCGUCCUCGCCCAGCUCCAAAACUACGUCGUUUUCCAAGCAAUUCAGGCCGACCGUACAAUCGCCGGCGGCCGCUUCACCAUCCCCGCCGCCUCCUACAACGUCUUCACCUUCCUAACCCUAACCCUCUGGAUUCCGAUCUACGACCGCUUCCUAAUCCCCGUUCUCCGGCGACUUUCCGGCAAGCCAGAGGGAAUCUCAAUUCUUCAGCGGAUCGGCGCCGGAAUAUUCCUCGGUAUCGUCACAAUGGCCUUGUCGGGAUUGGUGGAGGAACGGCGGCGGGCGGUGGCAAUUAGCCGCCCGACAAUUGGACACGUGGCGAGAAAAGGCGAGAUUUCGGCAAUGUCAGCGAAUUGGCUGAUUCCGCAGCUUGUCGCUGGCGGGCUGUCGGAAGGGUUCGCCAUUAUCGGAUUUAUCGAGCUUUUUUACAAGCAAUUCCCGGAGAAUAUGCGGAGUUUGGGGUCGGCGUUUUUGAUGUGCGGGUAUGCGAUUUCGAGCUAUUUGAGCAGCUUUAUGGCGACGGUCGUGCACGAAAAGACGUCGGUGAAUAAGACGAGUAAUUGGUUGUCGGAAGAUCUUAAUAAGGGGAGAUUGGAUUAUUUUUAUUACCUUAUUGGGGGGGUCGAGCUUUUGAACUUAUCGUAUUUUGUGGUGUGCGCUAAAUGGUAUAAGUAUAGGGAAGAUGGCGGGAAAGAUAAUGAUGGCAGAAAAAUUGAAUCUUUUAAGGAAAGGGUUUGAUUUGAAUCGAAAAAUCGAUUUAUUUUAGAAUAGCGAUUAGAAUGUGAUAUUGUUCGAGAAAAAUGCAUAAGAAAGUAAGUGUAUGUUGUUAAGUAGAUUAAGGAUUAUUGAUAUAAUAGCUUAUGUAUAAUACAAGAUUGUGAGAGUAUUGAUUCAAUAUGUUGUAAAAUAAGAUAAUCGUAUGUUAGUAAUUCUAAGUAAAAUAUAUUAUCGUAUCAUAAA